AUGAGGAAACAUGGCUGGCAGCUGCCGUACCACCCUCUCCAGGUCUGUUUCUUCUUACUCUUCUCUCCUCUUCCUUCUGCAGAGAUGGUGUUCUCAUUUCCACUAUGUCUGAGAAGGUGGUGGCCGUCGCUGUGUUCCUGGCUCUGGCUUUUGCUUCCUAUGUCUUUUUCGUACCGUUUGUUGGAAGCAAGCAACUUGAGUAUGCAGUGAUUGGGCUCUAUACUCUCCUGGUUAGUUAUUCUCAGCUCUUCAGACGCAUCUCACUUUUUCAUUUAGAAUAAGCUGUUGAGAUCUGUCUGAUGCUUUACGCCCACAUUCUUUGAAGUUUGUGAUUUUGUUCCUCAUGUCUUGUUAUAACGUCGAGCGAUGUACUCCUUAAUCAGUGAAGCGAUUCUCUUGAUUAAUUUGAUCUCUUCAUUUCAUCUCUUCGUGCUUUCAAGGUUAUCCUCUCGUAAGCAUCCCCGGGAGUUGCUUAUGAUGGUUGAUCUGGCCGUCUAAUAAUUUAUGAUUCUCAUGAAAGAUAAGACCACUGGAUGCAAAACAGAAAGUCAACAAUUAAAAAAAAAAUCUCUGUAGUUUUCUGCAAGAUUCCUGCUUCCCUGAAGAUUCAACAUUGGAAGGCAUUUUUUCUCCUCAUAUAUCAUCAUCGUUUAGUGAAGUGCGGUGAAUCACUACCCGAAUCUCAGUCUCCCACAUCUAUAACUAAUUAAAUUGUGAUUUUUUUCUUCCGCCGGCUUGGAAUGAUUGAAAACGUCCGGGUCUUUAAAAAUGGUAAUAACACUUAGUGGGAAGGGAAUUUUUUUCCAGGGAGAGAAUCUAGUGUAUGCAAACAGGCUGGAAGGGGGUGGUAAUGAAUUGAUUCAUUAAGCUUCUAGUGUAUGACGAAACGCCAAUGCGUGAUAUUGUGAUCUACAUCCUGAUUUUAGACCUGUUUUUCAGGGAACGAUCGUAGAUACAGAAAUUAAACAAAUAAUGAAGAAAAAAAAUUAAUAAUUCAGCUUAAUCUUUAAAAGUGCCGUUUCUUUACUGGGCCCAAGCCUGUUAUAUCGCUGCUAGGUUAAGGGCUUGCCUGUGCUAGAAUCAGGGAACUGACAUCGCCAAGCCUUUAAAGCACGUGGGUGAAGAUUCAUAAGGAUCUGCGUGGGCUAGAAUCCCAUAUUGGAAAAGUGCAAUAACCAAGUUGGAUGUUACGAGCCUUAUUAUACCUCUACAUGUGUUUAUAGCCAAAAUGUAUUUGAAAAAGGAAUAUUAUUCUUAACAGCCUUUAGUUACGCAAUACGGCCAAUUCCAUGCGGGUCAGACUUAAUAGCCUGAAAGAUCGAGUUGGCAUGCAUCAUUCUGAGUCUUCAAAACAAUGACCAAAACUACGGGUAUUUUAAAACCUUGAAGUAUUUAGAACAAACUUUUUCAAUAAAACGGCAGAAGAUUUGUCUCAGAGGUCGCAGUUGGGUAUAAAACCCUGUUUCUAAGCAAGCAACUCAUCCAAUUGACCAAUGCAAUGACCGAAGUAUUUUCCUCCAUGUAGUUCAGAAAUUUUGAACACAUUGUCAAAUCAUUCUUACCAUUUAUAGCAUCUUAUUUGUAACGAAGCUUUCGGGUCACUUUGUUAUGAACUGUUACAGAUGAAUGGACAUCUUGACCCCACGAAGCUCUCAGAUUUUGGCGUAAUUUCGUUUGGUUAUGAAGUAUGUUAACUCUGAUUACACAUUUCUAGGUGACUUGCGUAUUGGUUCUAUACAUUUGGUGCGCAGCAGCAGAUCCUGGGGAUUCUGGGGUUUUCAAGUCAAAGAAGUAUCUCACAAUAGUGGAUAAUGAAUUGUACAGCAAUUCAAAUAAGUCUAAGGUAGAGUGUAUAUCCAUUUCUUCCACGAAUAAUGCAAAUGCUCUGACAAUUGGGGAGAAGUUGCAGAAUGAGGCUCUGGCUACAGAAACUAGCGGCAGAAAAUCAUCAAAUAAUUUUGAAAUGGAGAAUUCUUCCUCUUUUAUUGUCUCCUUCUGCCAAGGCUUGCUAGGAUGGUGCCCCCUUUCUUCCUCAGUCUUCCAUUAUUGGUCACGCGAACAAUCUUCAAAGCAACAGAGCGAGGAUGACAUGUUUUAUUGUACUUUAUGUGAGGUUGAGGUAUGUGACUAAACUCUAGCACUAGUUUAUUGAUGUCAUUUCAAGGAAAAAAAGGCGUCCAACCCCCUGACAUACUCUCACUAUUCUAUUCUCAUUUUUUUAACGAAUCAGAGAGGUUGUUAUCACCUCCAAUCUCCAAUUGUCUGGCUAUUAUCAUACUCUCACUAAGUUAUAACAAAAGGAGCAUCACUUUUCCAGUAAUAAAAUUGUAAUUGGUAUUGUGCAUAUAGGGAAGUGGGGUUUGGCAGCUGACCUGGAGGAUCACUCAAUGCUCUCUUUGAAUCAAACCCCCAUCUUUCAGUGGCGAUUUGUUCUCCGAUUCCAACCCCCUGACAAACGAUCAAAAUUAUCCUUAUACCAGCCCCCUGUUCUGUUUGCAUACUGUUCAGGACUGCCAAACUGAACUGAAGCUCUGUGUCAACUAUCAUUUACGGGUCAUAUAAAUCAGCAAAUUCGAAAUAAAUAUAUCAUCAUUUCUCCCAUGUUGCGAGGGAUCGAAUACUUGUAUUUAUGGGUGUAUGUAUAUAUGCAUAAACGGGGAUACUCGUAUCCAUAUCAAUGAGUCCCAGUUUCAAAGUUCAUGCGGAUAAAUACUCGCAGUCAACUAAUCUCGAGCCAUUAACUUUUGAAACCUUGGGAUCAUUGUCUUGUUUCUUGAUAAUACCAACCACCGGUUUGAUGUAUUUUUAUGUCAUUCAAGUUUUAUUCACACUUUUCAGGUAUACAAGUACAGCAAGCACUGUAGGGUUUGUGAUAAGUGUGUUGACGGCUUUGAUCACCAUUGCAGGGUACCAAUCCGUCAAUGAACAUCAUGUAUUGAGCAAUUUAACAAUGCCUAACAUCCUCUAUCUCGUUUUGUCAGUGGAUCAACAACUGUGUAGGAAGAAAAAAUUACAGAACCUUCUUUGUCCUCACGCUAUCCUCGGUCUUACUGGUAGGUCUCAUGCCCUUAGCACUCUGACUUUCUUUUAUACUUUUAUGCACGAACUUCGCUGUAUUUAUACAUUUAUGAACCCUUUGUCACUUCUCCACACCUGUCAUAAAAGAAAAAAGAACGCUGUGAGCAUUUUGUUUCUGGUCCUUUUCAACUUGUCUAUUUAUUGACAGGUAUCCGUGGUUUGUGCACAUUGGGCUUGAGAUUGCAGCUUGUUCUUCAGUGGUUGAUUGGAGUGCUCGUGUUGGUUCGCUGCUUCCUUGAGCGAAGGCGAUUCACGGUAGAUAUAGCACUAAAGUUAGGGAGCAGCUUCUCUCUGGUGCCAUUUGUUAUUGUGGUGGUUGGUUUUCUACCUCAUUCUUCCUUGGCCAAUGAAUCAUUUCUCCUUUGUUUUGAUCUCUAGAGUGCUCAUUGUUAUUUUGACUAACAAGGUGCAUCCUGCCAUCUCCAGGUUACGUGUACCCUCCUGGCUAUGGCUGCCACCCUACCCCUUGCUCAACUCUUCUUGUUUCAUGUCCUCCUCAUAAAAAAGGUGAAGUUCUCAUAAUUCCCGUCUAUAUAUCAUUGCCUUUUUGUCGAGUCUUAAUUUGGGUGAGUUGUAAGAUAAUAAAAUGGUUCAUGGCUUGCAGAAAAAAAAAAGAAGAAGCUUGUGAUGGUUAUCGAAUCACGUCCCAUAAAAGCUUGUGAUCCGAAUAGUAAAGAAUUUUGAAAACCCAGUGCCCAACUCUAUAAAAAACUAAGGAAAUAUCACUUGCAUGAAUUUCUAGGCAUCCUACUUACUAUGGCUGAAAAUUGGCACGAUGACAGGGAUUGAGCACCUAUGAUUACGUCAUGGCCUUGAGGAAUCAGGAGCAGCAAGAGGUGGGGAGUCAGCACAGCCCCCAAAUUUCUACCAUCAGUUCUUUUACUGGGCUGAGCAGUGCUAGCUCCUUCACCAAUUUUCGCCAAGGCACUUGGUGCACUCCACCACGCUUGUUCCUUGAGGAUCAGGUAUAUGGGCAAAUUCUUCUCCUUUCUACCUAAGUUGAGAAAAAAAUUAUUCCUGUGAAACGAUGCAAUCAUCUCAAUUAUUUCUCCGCAGUAUGAUCUUGUACCGCCAGGUGCCACCACAUUUCUGUACUCUGUGGGCAAGGGUGCAGCGGUGGAGUCGUCCACGAGGAAAAGAAUCCCAGGCACUAGCGCUAUAGAGAUCAAUCCUUGGGCCUUGGCACGGAUGAAUGCUGAAGAGGUCUCAACGGCUGCAGCUCAGGCAAAGAAGAAGUCUAGGGUUCUGCAACCAGUGAUGAGAAGUAAGAACCCUCUGGUCCACAAUGUAGAUGGUUGCUCCACCAGCGGUGAUGACCCAACUACAUCAAGAAUGGAUCGCCGAAGGAGGAUCAACAGGAGGGGGAAGCUGCACGCGAAGCUCCCUCAUGAACCCCUGGCAACGAUCUCCGCCAGUGCCAGUGGCAGCAAUGGCAGGCACCGCUCCAUUGAGGCAUCCACCAGCUUUGCUCCCCUUCAGCUGGAACCAAGGAGCGCCUUUCACUCUCGUCAGGCCAUGGAUUUCACCUGGGAUGUGCCUUCGUCCCCCGAUUCCACGGCAGGGUCACCCGAUCUCCACCCAUUUCGGGUUUCUUCCGGUGCUGAGGACCCAGAGGGGCUCUCGUCUCCUCUCCCCUCUCUUGUUUCCGCUGCUCACGAGGGGAUCCUGCCGUCGAGCUCUGCCAGCGAUGGGUACGAAGCGUCUGCCGGCGAGGACAGCGACAGAGUUCCGUCCAGAACAGUGCACAGGUCCUCAGACUGGGGCAAAUUGCUCGCUGAAUCCAGCCAUGGUGACGGGACUGAUGACCUGAAGGUGUCAUCUUCACCAGGGCUGCGACCUUGGGCAUGGCCGUAUCGACAAUAG